GCCGCCAUGUUCGCCCGCCGCAUCCGCCUCCUCCUCGGCGUCCAAUCCGCCAGGCGCGGCGUCCUCCCUCGCGGCUUGGCUCCCCACGCCCCCUUCCCUCCCUGCUACGGCGCCGCCGCGCGGCGCCACUACCGCCAGCUGCAGGAGGAGGAGGAGGAUGGCGAGUGGGAGGAGGACGAUCGGGCGGAGCCCAGGUCGGUGAAGGUGACGGUGUGGUGGGACCUGCACAGGUGCCGCCUCCCCGGCCGCGUCGACCCGCGCUGCCUCGGCGCGCGCGUCACCACGGCGCUGCGGCGCGCCGGCAUCCGCGGGCCCGUCGAGAUCACCGCCUUCGGCGACGCCACCCGCAUCCCGCCCGCCGAGCAGGAGGCGCUCGCGGACACCGGCGUCGCCUUGUCGCACGUCCCUUCCAAGGGGGAUUGGUUCAGAUUAGUGUUCAGGCUACUCUUGUUGUCAGAAAUAUGUGGCCUAUGUGGGAUGUGGAUUGAUUUUCAAUUCUGCUAAUCUCUAAGGUCAGGACGUGAUUAUUAAAUAUUAGGAUGUCAAUACCAUUAGUAGCUUAUUGCUUUGGCGCUGCUGUUUCCAUUUCAAGUUAAAUAGGACUCCAUAUCAUCAGUAUCAGUUCAUUUGUUGAAUUAUUUAUCAUUUUUAUUGGAGGACGUUGACACACAUGAAGUUCAAGAUUUGCUGCCAUCACAGAAAGACACCCUGUUUUUGUAUGUUGAUUCCAGUUAUGAGUGUUGCUAUUCCAUCUGAUCAUACUAACAACAUGGUUUCGUUUUCUAGGUGGAAAGGAUGGUUCUUACAGAUCAUUAAUGCCUGAUAUUGUCUCUUGGAUUGCUCAGAACCCUCCGCCAGCCCAUUUCCUCCUUAUAUCUGGGGAUGAAGAUUUUGCAAGCAUUUUGCAUCGUCUUCGGAUGAGCAAUUAUAACGUAUUGCUUUCUUGCCCUGAUGUUGGCUCCAAGAUGUUACGCAGUGCAGCGACAUUUAUGUGGCCAUGGGAACCUCUAGUUAGAGGGGUGGAUCUCAAACCCAAAUAUUUAAAUCAACCGCCAGAUGGUUUAUCUUCUUGGUAUGGUCAGUACAGGGAAUAUGGGCAUGACCUUCACUUGAAACCAAAGAAACGCAGGGCUUUACAAUGGGAUGCCAAGAAUCCUAAUAUCCCCAAAUCUGUUGUCAUUGGGAUUAAGCAAGUACUGCACUUUUACCCUCAAGGGAUCUGUGUGUCCGAUCUUCGACAGGAGCUUUUAAGGAUCAAUGUGUUUAUUGAUAAAUCAUUUUUUGGCUUCAAAAAGUUCUCUAUCCUUCACAAAGCUAUGCCUGAUGUUGUAAAAUUUAUAGACCCUCUACCAGGUGAUACCCAGCCUGCUGUGGUUGGGGUUUUCAAGAGUUCAGUAGAGUCUUCUGAGCAAAGUAGUUUCAACGGAAUGGGUGCUGCUCAAAGUAGCAUUAUUGAGGAAAAACACCACUAUGAAAGUGGAAGUGAGAGUGAAGAGCUGUCAUCAUUGUUUGACCAGCCUUCCUUGUCAGAAUUAACAUCAUGUACGGAAAAGAAGAUUCAGGAAACUGAAGCCCCAUCCUCCCCAUCAGAGCAAUUAUUUAGAGACCAUAGGAAAGCUCCUGGACUAACAGAACUAGCAGAGCCACCUUCCAACAAUGUGGAAGCUGAUGUUACUCUGACAGAGGAUGUUCCAUCACCACCAUCUGUAGGUCAAGGGAAUGCUGCAGCAGUUGAUCUCGUUUACAAAACAGAACCACCAGUCAACCAUAUGGAAGCUGAUAAGGUGGAUGCUGCUGGCACUCCUUCCUCAUCAGAGGUGCAAGGUAAUAUCAGCAAGAAAAGGGGACUAUUUGGACGCAUAUUAUCUCUAUGGAAUGGCCGAAACGCUUAGGUUUUGUGUCGUCUCUUAUAAAGCAUCCAAUAAUUUGCUGAUUGAUCAAUGCAUAGGCCGAAUCUUGUAGAAUAAUUUGUUCGUUCAGACUUCAGAGGUGUAGUGAACACAAAAUGUUCAUCUGAAUACAUGUGGAAAUGAUUGUGUAUUCAUUAUUCAGUGUACUCAACCUUGUUUUCAUGAGCAUGGAGGGCUGAUGCUAAUGCAGUGAGAUGUUUUCAUCUAAA